AUGGAAUAUAAAGGGAACAGAAGAUCCUUGACGCUUUUGUUGCCUGCAUUGAUCGGUGCUGGUGUUGUUGCCGCCGGUGCUACUGCCGCCGGUGUCGGCGGUGCCGUGGGUUUAAAACACAUGAGAGAAAGACAACAACGGAUGCAAGCCCAAGGUGGGGGCGGCGGUAACGGUGGUGGUGGUGUUGCUUUUGGAGGUCACAUAGGAGGUAAUGGUCAAGGUAAUGGUGGUGUUCCUAAUGGUGGAAAUGGCAACCCUAAUGCUGCUGGUGGUGGUGGCAACCCUAAUGUUGGUGGUGGAGGUGGAGACGGUGGUGCUUCUGCUCAGGCUCGUGCUAAGGCUGAAGCUGAAGCUGGGGCUAAAGCUGCUGGUGGUGGAGGUGGAGACGCUUCUGCUCAGGCUCGUGCUAAGGCUGAAGCUGCAGCUGAAGCUAAAGUUGCCGGUGGUGGUGGUGGCGGCGCUAGUGAUUCUGGUAGUGGCCAAGCUAUUGUUGGUGGAUAUAGUGGUAUCGUUGCUUCUGGUAGUGGCAAAGCUAAUAUUGGUGGACAUGGUGGUGCCAGUGCUUCUGGCAGUGGUCAAGCUAAUGCUGGUGGAAGUGGUGGUGCAAAUGCUUCAGGAAAUGGUCAAACUAAUAUUAGUGGACAUGGUGGCGCUAGUGCUUCUGGAAAUGGUCAAGUUAAUGUUGGUGGAAGUGGUGGCGCUAGUGCUUCUGGUGGCAGUGGUCAAGCUAAUGUUGGUGGAAGUGGCGGUGCUAGUGCUUCCGGUAGUGGUCAAGCUAAUGUUGGUGGAAGUGGUGGUGGUGGCGCUAGUGCUUCUGGAAGUGGUCAUGCUAAUGUUGGUCAAAGUGGCGGCGGCGGUGCUAGUGCGUCUGGAAGUGGUCAUGCUAAUGUGGUGGAGGUGGCGGUGCUAGUGCUUCUGGAAGUAGCCAUGCUCAUGCUGGUGGAGGUGGUGGCGCUAGUGCCUCUGGAAGUGGUCAUGCUCAUGUUGGUGGAGGUGGCAGUGCUAGUGCUUCUGGUAGUGGUCAUGCUAGUGUUGGUGGACAUGGUGCGCCAUUGCUUCAGGCUCCGGUGA